CGACCCGAGCCGAGGGUUCCGCGGUGUUCCCGCCGCUUCUGCGGCUCCAUGCGCCGGCUCGGCGUCUGGACGCAGGCGGCCCGCUGCGGAGACAUGGAUCCCCGCCGCUGAAUCGACCCCAUCGAGAUAGUGUGAUGUAGCUCACCUUCCCCCGGCGGGCUGUGAGGGCAUGAGACUGCGAGGAGGGCGGGAUUCCAACCCUGACUCCCACCUGGAACUGGCCCCUCCUGCCCGUCGUCCGGUUGCCUGGUUGCCCGGCGUCCUCAGCAAGGGUGUACGCCUUCGCCUGCGUUUGGAUCGGCGUGACGACCGGGGGCGGGGCUGCUGGCAGCUGGUGGACUUGGAGACCGAGUCCGAGCCAGUUGGGCGGAGACUGAGGAGCCGGGCCCCUGACACCUGCGCAGAAAGUCUGAUGAGUACCCUGUCUGCUGGCUCAGAGAUGCAGACUCCAGCUCUCGGCCCCCAGUUCAUGGCGGGGCCCCAGGGUAAGGUGCCCGGCAGGAAAAGGGGACGGCCUCCUAUCCGCAAGCUGGAGUUCCAGAGUCACUACGUCGAGCCUAUGAUGCCCCUCAAGAUCCCGAAGAAGAGAGGCAGGAAACCUGGCUUUAAGCUGAAGCCCAGGAUGGUGAUGUCCCCACUAGCUAACUCUCCUCCCAGCAGCACACCAGAACCUGAGAUGGGCUCCCUCCCGCAGGAUGCCGCCAUCGUCCCCCACUCUGCCACGCCGCAAGCCCUGACAGAGACGCCAAUGCCUGACGACUUCUUAUGUGACACUCUGGUGGACUCCAAGCGCUACGCUGUAGAUCCCAGUGACUCCGCCUUCAACGUUGUGACGUCACAGUACCCGCCAAAGCACGCCUAUAGUUACCGUGGUAGCAGUUGCUCUACUCCAAUGGGCUUGUGCAGACAGGCAUCGAGCCCAGGAAGCUUCCAGGAAGGAAACAGGAAUGCCUACAGUCCGAUGCCAGACAGCGGAGAGUGCAAACGUCCCGCUGGUAAGGACCCGUCCAGCUGGGGUGUUGAGGAGGUCGUUUGGUUCAUCAAAGAUGCUGACCCCCAAGCCCUGGGACCCCAUGCCGACGCCUUCAGGAAGCAUGAGAUAGACGGAGACGCUCUGCUCUUGCUGAAAAGCGAGAUGAUGAUGAAGUAUCUGGGACUGAAGCUGGGACCUGCGCUUAAACUCUGUUACCACAUCGACAGGCUGAAACAGAAUCGGUUGUGAUUUGCCGCAGAGGAGCCGGGCCACUGAUCCACCUUCCACUAAAACUGUACCGCCGCAGAUUCUGUCAAACUUUACCAGCCAUCAGCAAUACAUCAAGAACUCCUCUGGAUCCAGAUCGCGCGCUUGUCGACUUUUACUGCAUCUGCACCAGAUUUUUGUUGCCUGCAAAUUGACUAUUUACAGCUGAAGCAAUUAUUUCAUCUCCAUCGCUGUUAACUGGGCAUCUGGAUGGCUUUAGAUUGUAAAUAGCUCAGCUCCACAUGGCAGCUACUGUAUAUGGAACCAUGGCGUCCGCUCUGCAGACUGCACACAGCUUAUGCAGAUCUUGAUCAUGGGCGCUCAACACCUGUGAAGACCCACAGAGACAGGGAGCUUAAGAAACUUGUAUGGUGCUUUACCUUUUUAUCAUAUUUAAACUUAAAGAAGUCUUUGGGUGAAGGCACAGUGCUGCUGCAGUUUUAAAAUAAUAGUUUUGUGAGUUAGUUUUGUUGUAGACUGAUGAUAAUGCUUACCCAGGUAUCACUCCUCGAUACAAACACGCUCUCCCAAACUCGUCAGUAAGUAUUGAAAUCAUUUGGCGUUGACCAGUAGCUGGUUCUUCAAACUACGAGGAAGCAUCCUAAAUAUAAAUGAGAAAUCCUGACCUGAAAGGAUGACAUUUUCUAAUCCUUUUCAUUUUGUAUCAAGGUUUUAUCUGAAUGGGAAAAUGUGAAAAUCUGCAUUAGAAACUGAGUGAUAUGCUGAACUUUUUUUUUUUCACACAAACCACAGCACUGCAGUGAAGCGACCAAUCAGAGCUGCAUGUGAUCACACAGCGCUCAUAACAACAGGAAGGAACGGAGACAGUGGCAGACGCUGAGGUUUUUCACCAUGUUCUUGUUAAUUAUAUAUCAUGUGACAAUCCUUGCUUUUAAAGUGACAGUGUUGAAUAGCAGGCCACGGUGCAACCUAACAUGUCAGGCUUUUGUUUUACGGUUGCAAUGUAGUGUGAGAGAAAGCAGCUUGUAGCGAACUUGGUGCUCACUGAAACCAUUAUUGCCACUACAACCACACUGAACCACUCUCCUCACACACUUCUGUCUCUUCCAGAUUAAGCUACAGUUUACAUUCCUCACAUGCAAUACCUCUUCAGACAUUUUGAAUAUUCAUGCCUCUGAGUCAUGUUUUUGUUCUGCCUAAUGAUAAAGCAGUAUUUCAUCUUCAAACUGUAAAAAAUGACAAGUGUCUUUAGCAUUAAAAAUGACAGCCACCAAAUACAGUUUUGUCAUAUAAAAUUGUACACACAACAACUUGUAAACACAUUAAUGAUCAAUCACAUGCUGUGUUUGACAAACUUAUGUAACUUGUUGUUAAACUCGCUUUUUUUUAACUGACUGUACAGUACUUGUUACUCACUUUAAUAUUUUGUGUCCUUCGUGUUUUGCUUAACUUUGUAAAGUCAGUGCGCCACAGACUUGUGUGAGUACAGCAUGUAUGUCUAUGUAUGAAUUCUGUAUUUUAUGACUGUCUUGCGCCCUAGUGAGUGAUGGGCUGCAUUUAACUUUUAUGUUUUAUUAUAAUUUCCAAUCUGAUACAUUGAUUUCACUGAAUUCAGUGGUGCUGUUUACCCAAAAUAGCCAAAUGUUUUCCACAAAAUUUUAGCACACCUGUGAGCCAUAUUCAAUCAAUUUUGACUCCCUAGUGACCCUCCUUUUCUUUUGAAUAUAAUGUUUUUUAAAACAUACUUUUUCCAGACAAAAUAAAUCUUCUUCUU